UUACGUGGAGGGGGUGGCCAUUGCCAUAUAAAAAGCACCUCAUCUUUCUCCGCUAAUUUCAGCAAUUUACUGGCAUUUUUCAUGGUGCAGCGCUGGAAAUCGGUCGGAAGUGCAUGUGGCAGUGACUAGGCACUGACUGUGGUGACAGUGUUGUGCGUGAAAACAGCUGAGAAGCGCAUCAAAACAGUGCAGUGACAAGGAGGACUUUUCUGUCGGAUUACCUGCUUCAGGCACAUCAGGAAUGUCGGUGAACCGGGGAUAUGAGGAUGACAAGGAGGUGGACAUCAUAGAGCCGAAGAGGAGCCACCAGAGCCAUCAGGACUCGGAGCCUCCGGACGAGGGCACUCUCCUGUCCGGCAUCCAAACGUACUUCUCCGAUGAGAAAGUGCUCAUCCCGCAAAUUGAGAAGGAUGGCUUCAGCUUUCGCAAGUUGUGGGCCUUCACGGGACCAGGAUUCCUCAUGUCCAUCGCAUAUCUCGAUCCAGGAAACAUCGAGUCGGACUUGCAGAGCGGCGUAGUGGCUCAAUAUAGAUUGCUGUGGGUCCUUCUAAGUGCCACAAUUCUAGGUUUAGUCAUGCAACGACUGUCCGCAAGAUUGGGAGUCGUCACAGGGCAUCAUUUGGCUGAAAUGUGCUACAGACAAUACAAGCGGGCACCCAGAAUAGUUCUCUGGCUUAUGGUGGAGACCGCAAUUAUUGGCAGUGAUAUUCAGGAGGUGAUAGGAACAGCUAUUGCCAUUUUUCUCUUAUCGAAUAAAGUGAUUCCUCUGUGGGCUGGAACACUUAUCACUAUCCUGGAUACCUUCACCUUUCUCUUUCUGGACAAGUAUGGCCUGAGGAAGCUGGAAUUCCUCUUCGGGCUGCUUAUCACUGUCAUGGCUGUAACAUUUGGAUAUGAGUACAUUGUCUCGGCGCCCCCGCAAGGGGAUGUGCUGAAGGGCAUGUUCGUGCCGUGGUGCGAAGGCUGUGACUCGCGCACCCUGCUUCAGGCGGUUGGAAUUGUGGGGGCUGUAAUUAUGCCGCACAAUCUCUAUCUUCACUCGGCUCUAGUCAAGUCCAGGGAUGUGGACAGACGCAAAUCUUCUAAUGUUCGCGAGGCGAAUUUCUACUUUUUCAUUGAGGCUUGUGUCGCAUUAUUUGUCUCGUUCAUUAUCAACGUAUUUGUUGUGGCGGUUUUUGCUCAUGGACUGUAUGGAAAGACAAAUAACGAUGUGCUGGAGACAUGCCAGAAUUCUACCGUUUUUCCAGACAUCUCAUCGGUUUUCCCAACGGAUAAUGAGUAUGUGGAUGCGGAUUUGUACAAGGGUGGCUUGUUCUUGGGCUGCACCUUCGGCAUCGCCGCCAUGUACAUCUGGGCCGUGGGCAUCCUGGCCGCGGGACAGAGCUCAACGAUGACUGGCACCUAUGCUGGGCAGUUUGUGAUGGAGGGAUUCCUGAAUUUGCAGUGGGCGAGAUGGAAGCGAGUGCUCGUCACGCGUUUCAUCGCCAUCGUGCCGACAUUCUGUGUGGCCUUCUUCAGUCGCAUCGAGGAUUUGACGGGAAUGAAUGACAUCCUGAAUGCUGUGAUGGCACUGCAGCUGCCCUUUGCCACGAUCCCAACCAUUGCCUUCACGUCCAAUCCCAACAUCAUGGGGGAGUUUGUCAACGGAAUUGGCAACAAAAUCGUGUCCAUUCUGCUGAGUAUUCUAGUCAUUGCCAUCAACAUAUUCUUCGUGAUUGAUCAAGUCAACCAUUCCAAUCUGCAUACUGGCUGGAUGGUACUUAUUGUCUUAUUUGGCAUUGCAUAUAUUUGCUUCAACAUCUACCUUGUUAUUCACAUGGCUGUCAAUAUGGGAAGUGAACGACUUGCAGAAAUGCCGCUGGUUCAGAAGUAUGUGACGCAUACGAGCAAUAAUUUGGGCUUUGGACCCCAUCGGAACACGUAUGCAAGCUUGCGAUCCUAUCCAUCGUAUGGUUUGAAUCAAAUUUACCACGCUGCGUGAUUUGUAAGUAUCUCUUUUGUAGGGCUUUCUUUGGCAACAACUAAUAUUUGGGUUUACUUGUCUCCAAAACUUCUCUCUUUUCCUCACGGUAGAAUUGAGUCAUUUCGGUUCACUUCAUUCUAAUUGUCUUUUAUGGUUUCAUUGAUUUUUUUUCAUCACCUCUGUUUCAAUUAAAUAGAGAAUAAUGGUGUUUAUUUAAUUCCUCUCCCAGUAUAUACUCCAUUUACGACAUUGGAUUGUAUCGAAGAACGCAAAAUACUGCGCAGGCAUCACAUUGAUCAUCCGAGUUUAUUCCCUAACUUAACUCUUCAUAAUGAUAAUAUAUAGAAAAUAUCCCUCAAUUUUGUGCCUUUUUUGUCAACUAGGUGAAUAUCUAAUGUAGUUUGUAAGACUUGUGAUUUUUGUGUUGCUGCAAGGAUGCGUUUAAAAAAAAACCCAGUCACUUGAGGACUAAUAAAAUCAAGCUGUUUUUUUUGUAUACUUUAACUGAAAAAGGGCUUAACUAAAGUGUUAUUUAGUUAGCUGUUACUUUAAUUAAUCAAUUAAUUGAAUUAGUGACUCUUGCAGUACUCAAGUACAUUCCAAUUGACUUGCCUACAGAAAUGCCAUUACAGGGAAUUCCAUUUCAAUAAAUUUCUACUCUGACACAUGAUGUGAAGUGUCUGAUAAAGAGCACUGCAAGAUUAACUAUGAAAAUAUACUAUUUUGGCUAAUGAUUAAAAUAAAAAUCAAUCCUCACUGGAUCAUUUGACUUCAUGCAUGACUGCCUAUCAGUAUCAAAGAAGCUUCUUUUUUUGCCUUUAUUGCGAAACAAACCAGAACGCCGAUCGACACAAAGGAACCGUCAAACGAGCAACCGUUUUGUGGCAAAAGGAGAUCAAUGAAUUUUGCCAAUUAUAUGAAGAAUCACUUUCUCCAAUUCACGUAAUUCAAAUUUUCUUCGCAUUUCGGGGCAAUUGAGGGAAAAGAAAGGCUGAGAAGACUAAACAAUAAAAAAGAAGAAGAAAAAGACAUUCGACUGCAAAAUGGUAAAAAUGAAGCGUAAAAAUAUACUUAAAUGUCGUUUUUUUUGUUGGUGAGUUGAAAGACAUGAGAAAAGUGAGAAGAAUGAAGCCAAAAUUCUGUACAAAAAGGAAAUUGCGACGAACGUUUGUCCACGAGGCAAAAGUGUAAUUUAUAGAGUAAUCGUGCGGAUUGAGGAAUUUGGAGAGAUUACUGUAAAUAUUGUAAAUAAUGUAUGUUGGAGAGACGAUAUACAAAUUGUACACUGUUCAUUUUAAGUGAAAAUUACACGUGAGAAAUACAUCAAGACAUUUGUAUGAUCAGACAAAAAGGUCUUUUUUUUCUUUCUAUUAAUACACAAUCGGUUCUCUAAUUAGUUUUAUUCUAGAAAUGUGAUCCUCACACGAUUGUCGGACAAUAAAUUUGAAUGGUGUGUAUA